AUGACUCGAGAUGAUGAUAAAUCAAAUCAUGCAAAACGUGAUUUAGAGACUCAAAAUGUUGAUACUUUUGUUGAUAGAGAGCCAGACUCUAAAAAAAUUCGCCUUCAAGAAAGCAAAAAUAGUAAUAAUUCAAGUGAUCUUUAUUUGGAUACUAUAAAUCGACACAUGUUAGAUUUUGAUUUUGAAAAAGUAUGUUCAGUUUCUUUGUCAAAUCUAAAUGUUUAUGCCUGUUUAGUAUGUGGCAAAUAUUUUCAAGGACGAGGUCGUAAUUCACAUGCUUAUUUCCAUAGUUUACAUGAAGAUCAUCAUGUUUUUAUUAAUUUACAUACUCUAAAAGUUAAUCGUAAAAUUUUGAUACUUUAUGGUAGUCAAACUGGUUUUGCACAAGAUGUUGCUGAAAGAAUCACAAGACAAGCAAAAAGAAGACAUUUUAGAGCAAGAAAUUUUGCAAUGGACUCAUACAAUAGGGAUAAUUUGAUCAAUGAAGAAUUGGUGAUUUUUGUAUGUUCAACUACUGGACAGGGCGAUGAACCUGAUAAUAUGAAAAAAUUCUGGAAAUUUUUAUUAAGAAAAAAUUUACCAAAAGAUAUUUUGAAUCAAAUGAAAUUCACGGUUUUUGGUCUUGGUGAUUCAUCAUAUGUCAAAUAUAAUUGGCCAGCAAAAAAACUUUAUAAGCGACUCUUACAAUUAGGAGCUGAAAGUAUUUAUCCUCGUGGUGAAGCCAAUGACCAUUUUCAAGAUGUUCGUCAUAUUGAAUUAGAAGUUAAUGAUUCGGAAUUAAAGUAUCAACCAGGUGAUGUUGUAAUUAUUCAUCCAAAGAAUUCGGUUAAAGAAGUGGAUGAAUUCAUUAAAAUGAUGGAUUGGUCUGAUAUUGCAGAUGAUCCUUUUAUUCUGAUUCCUAAUGAUGAAGAUAAAAUAAUACCUUCACAUUGGGGCACAUCUCUGACAUUAAGAAAAAUGUUUGAGGAAUAUUUAGACAUAUUUAGUACACCGCGUAGAUCAUUCUUUGAUUUCCUAUCAUUUUUUACUACAGAUGCGGAUCACACUGAAAAAUUAAAAGAGUUUUGUAGUGCUGAAGGACAGGAUGAUUUGUAUGCAUAUAGUCAACGUGUUCGCAGGACAAUAGUAGAAGUGCUUUAUGAUUUUUCAUCAGCAAAAAUACCAAUUGAUUAUAUACCUGAUAUAUUUCCAGAAUUACUACCUAGACAAUUUUCCAUCUCAUCAUCAUUAAAAUUUCACCCAAAGAAAAUUCAUUUAACAGUUGCCAUUGUCAAUUAUAAAACUAGAUUGCAGAAACCACGUCAAGGUGUCUGUACUAAAUGGCUAUCCACUUUGGAAUUGGAAACGCUGAUUCCAAUUAGAAUUACACGUGGUACCAUGCGGUUGCCUACUUCGAUAUCAACACCAAUAAUCUUGAUAGGACCAGGUACUGGAAUAGCAGUCAUGCGAACAUUUUUGCAAGAACGAAUAUCCGAAGGAGCAACAGAGAAUUAUUUAAUUUUUGGUUGUAGAAAUCGCGAAAAAGAUUAUUAUUAUAAAGAGGAAUGGAAACAAUAUGUUGAUAAUAAUCAAUUGAAAAAAAUAUUUGUAGCAUUCUCUAGAGAUCAGGAUAAAAAAGUAUAUGUCCAAGAUAUUAUCAGAGAGAAUUCCCAAUUAUUUUGGGAGAUUGUGUAUGAACGUGAAGGAUAUAUUUAUCUGUCCGGGUAA